AUGUCAACUGAAAAUAAUCAUAAAGAUAGUAGUAAUCAUACUUCAUCAUCAUCAUCAUCAUCAUCAUCAUCAUCAACAAUAAAAAGAAAAGUAAAAGAUGGAGUAAAUACAAGUAAUCAUGGAGGGUCAGAGACAAUUGAAGCAAAACCAAGUUUACUUGGACUCAAUAAUAAGGUAUUAUUGAAUACUCCACCUCAUUCUCCAUCAUUGGAAAGAUUCUCUGCAUUAUCAAAACCAAGAGAAUCAUUAUUAACAUCACCAGAAAUGGCAAAUAUACAAUGGGGAACAUUUAAUUAUAUUGCUUUGGCCUAUGUAAUGGCAGGAUUUUCAAUUAUGGCACAAAUGUACAAAGAAAAGGGUGUCAUUGUUGAUAUGGAAUUGUUUUGGACUCUAACAAAGAAUUGGCAUUGUGGAUUGAUCCUAUCGGUUGGGUUGUUUUUGUUUUCACAAGUCAAUUACAUUCAAACAAGAUUAAUGGUCAAAGGUUACAUCCCCAAUAGAAUAUCUAUAGUAUUAUAUUGUCUAUGGCAAUUGGUUGCAUUCCCAGUAUCAAUGUCCUAUCUUUUUUCUUAUGAAUUAUCUCCUAUUCUAAGUGGAGGAUACGGAUUACAAUUAUGUGUAUAUUCAUUAAAGAAUCAUUCUUAUUGGCAUACAAAUUAUUUCUUGAAAAAGGGAGGUGUUAAAGCAACCUCUAACAAUUCUCCAGUCACUAGAAAAGAUUUAAUACCCAAUGUAUCAUUUUCACACUUUUUAUACUUUAUGGUUGCUCCAACUCUAGUCUUUGAAACUUCAUUCCCAAAAACAAAAUCAAUUCGUCCAUCUUAUAUCUUGAAAGAGGUACUUGCUGGUUUUGGUACUUUUUUUGUUUUCUAUUUAAUGUUAAAUUUGACAACACCAUUUUAUAGAGAAUGUGGAACUGAAUCAUUUUUAAUUAUAUUGGUUCAAUUAUCAUUACCAUCUAUGAGUUUAUGGAUGUUGGGAUUCUAUGGAGUAUUCCAUUGUCUGUUGAAUAUCUUUGCCGAGAUUACCAAGUAUGCCGACAGAGAGUUCUAUCAAGAUUGGUGGAAUGCAACCACCUUUGACAUGUGGUGGCGUAGAUGGAAUAAACCUGUUUACCGCUUUAUGAGUCGCCACGUGUAUACCGAUAGUAUGCAUACCAUUAAACUCAACAAAUUCUGGGCCAUGGUCUCUACUUUUCUUUUAUCUGCAUUAUUGCACGAAAUUGUGAUGAUCAUUUCAUUUAGAUUUGUUCGACCAAUUUUAUCAACUACAAUGUUACUUCAAAUUGGAUUAGUAUAUUUCACACAAUUACCAAUAUUCCAAAAAACAAGAUUUGGCAAUGUAAUAAUGUGGAUUACAAUCAAUUAA